AUUCUGAAAAAACAAAAUCAAUGGCUUCUUCUUCUUCUUCUUCUUCUUCUUCUUCUUCUUCUUCUCUGAGAAUCUUACUGCCUCUGGUAGUGUUGGUUUUUUUCACCUGCUCGUCUCAGGCGUCGGAGAUUCGGGUUGGCGGGAAGGAAACUGGAUGGAAAAUUCCUUCUGGGUAUUCUCUCAAUCAGUGGGCUGAGAAAUCACGGUUCCAAGUUGGCGAUGUUCUCUUAUUUGAAUACGAUGCGAGCAAAGACUCCGUUCUGCAAGUGACGAAGGAGGCGUACGACAGCUGCAGCACAUCGAACCCCAUAAAACAGUUCAACGACGGCAAAACCAAGAUCCAGAUCGACGACUCCGGCCCCCAUUUCUUCAUCAGCGGAGCCGAUGGAAACUGCGCCAAGGGUGAGAAGAUGGUCAUAGUGGUCUUGCACGAAAGUCGCCAGCAACCCGGCGGUGGCAGCGAUUCUCAGGCGAUCACUACUCCGGCGCCGACACCCGCUGACGAUAAUAAUGUCGCUGCCGGCGGAUUGAGAGCUGGGUUGGCGGGUCUCUUCGGGUUAGCGAUCGGGUCGGGUCUGGUUUUGGUAAUGUGAGUUCAUGGUUAUUAUGUGGAGGAGUGAGAGACGAAUGGUGUAUUAUUAUUGAGUAUUUUUAAAGUGUUCAUUGAUUAUGGUUUUGAUUUAUUGGUUAAUUAUAGGAUUUAAUGAAGGAUUAAUGUUUGUUUUUAAUUUAAUUUAAUUUUAAUUUCAGUCUACUUGGGAGCAAAGUUUUAUUUUUUAUUUUAUUUUAUUUUUUUAUUUUUCAGUUUUCACCAUUGUUUUGUGUUUAGUUAAUUGUACGUGAAACUUGGGUUUCUUUACAUCAUUAUAAUAAUAAAAUGGUAAUUAUAUUCA